AUGGUCAGCACCCGUUCAACAGUGCAGAAAUUGAUUCCACUUGAUCCAGAAUUUGAGCAGCAUUUAAAGAGGAAACGCAGAGAGCAAAAUUUGCAGCGGGUUCGUCCUCUGCAGGAGACGUUUCUGAAAUCAGUCUUUGACCUGCACAACAAAGAAAAAAUGGCGUUUGUAAUUCCAGAGGCAGGUCUGCCCCUGGGUGAUUCACUGACUGCCCAUUCCACAAAUAUACCCAGUUGCAUUACAUAUCCGGUAGUGGAGGAAGGGAAUGCAUUUGAAAUAAAACAGCACAUGUUGAAUAUUCUACCUACGUUUCAUGGGUUAUCAUCUGAUGAUCCUAACAUGCACAUUGCAGAAUUUUUAAUGGGGUGCAAAAACAUUUUGGUGAGGAGAUUUUCAGCCGAAUCUAUUAAGCUGCGGUUGUUUCCAUACACUCUAAAAGAUCAGGCACGGAGAUGGCUCCUCACACUCCCAUCUGGAAGCAUUACAACUUGGGCCCAACUUAGCGAAAAAAUUUUAAACAAGUAUUAUCCAGCUUCUAAGACGCUUGACAUGAGAACUCAAAUUUUAUCGUUUGCCCAAAAACCAAAUGUAGAGUUUCACGAGGCGUGGGAGCGGUUUAAAGAGUUGCUUACAAAAUGUCCACAUUCGGGUAUUAACACUACUGAUCAAAUGCAUAUAUUUUUCAGAUGUUUGAAUAUGACUACAAAAACUCUUGUCAACGCUUCAUGCAGAGGUUCGUACAAAGAUAAAAACGCACAAGAGGCUUGUUUGUUAUUUGAAAAAAUGGCAGCAGAUACUCAACAGUGGGCAGUUGAGCAGCCACAAUCUAGGUCUGUUUUUGAGAUGUCAAAUGGUUCACCAUACGUGUCGGCACAAAUUGAAAAAAUGGAGAAAAAGCUUGAAAGAUUUGAUGCAAAAUUUGACAUGUUAUUACAAAGAAUUUCGGGUUCACAGGUUGCUGUACAGCAGCCUUUACAAGCUGCCUGCAGCAUUUGCAGCUUGACAAAUCAUGAUUUUUUGAGCUGUCCACAUAAAGAUGCUUAUCCGGAGUUUACAGCGGAGCAGGUUAAUUCAUUUAACAAUUUCCAGCGUCCCCGAUAUGACCCGUAUUCUAAUUUCUACAACCCAGGUUGGAGAGAUCAUCCUAAUUUAAGGUGGGACAAGGAACAGCACACUAGGCCUCAAUUUCAACAGCAGAUUGCUUUACAGGUUUCCGAAAGAGCUCCGGGUACAUUUCCUAGUCAAACAGUACCUAAUCCAAGAGGACAAGAAGAAUGCAAUGCUAUACAGACCCUACGGUCUGGCAAAAGUUACAACAACAAACAUGAAAAUUCUGUUGGGAAUUCGCAGGCAGCAGAACUACCCCAAACUAAAUCUGCAAUUUUUGCAGAUUCUGAAAUUUCUGCAGAUUCUGGGCAGUCCCAAGACAGAUCCGAAAAUACUGCAGAAGCUUCCACAAAAACUGCAGAACGUGUUUACGAGCCCCCUAUGCCAUAUCCAGAAAGGUUGAGACCUAAAGCUAAAGAUCAACAGUUAACAGAUUUUAUGAAAACUUUGGCUAAAGUUCAAAUUAAUCUACCGUUAAUUGAUGCAAUCAAGAACAUUCCAUCUUAUGCCAAAUGUUUGAAGGAUGUUUGCACAAAGAAAAAAAAGCUUGUUGAUUUUGAGAAAGUGAUUCUUACAGAACAAUGCAGUGCGGUCUUAUUACAUAAAUUGCCUCCAAAGAAAAAAGAUCCAGGGAGUUUUACUAUCUCUUGCACCAUUGGAAAUUGUGAUUUUAGUAGUGCUUUAAUUGAUUUAGGUGCUAGUGUAAACUUAAUGCCAUAUUCUGUUUUCAAACGUUUAGGUGAAGGGGAGCUGAAGCCAACCUCCAGUAUUAUUCAACUGGCUGACCGUUCAAUUACUUACCCUAGAGGAGUCAUUGAAGAUGUUAUUGUGAAGGUUGACAAUUUAUAUUUACCGGCUGAUUUUAUGGUGUUGGACAUGGAUGAGGAUUUGACAACGCCCAUUAUUUUGGGCCGCCCAUUUCUGGCAACAGCCCGAACUCUUAUUGACGUUGAAGCCGGAACAUUAACAUUCCGGGUUGAAGAUCAAACUGUUGUUUUCAAGUUGUUUGAAGCAAGCAUACAUUCAGGUGACAAGCAAGAAUGCAUGCGUGUUGAUGCAUUGGAUGGUUUACCAAGUGCCAAGUUUAUGAACAGAUCAUCACUUGUAUUAAUGGUAGUUGAGAUGUGA